CGCGUUGCGCUGUGGGCUACGAGGUCUCCCUCACCAGUCCAAUAUAAAUACAGGGGUAACAUUUGCCAAGGCACACAACUUCUGCCCUUUUCCACUUGAAACGGAUCUCUACUGGCAUUACAGGGAUCUAAUAUCCUCCGUCGCAAUGAAGGUAAGUUGCCUGUUGAGGUACAUUUUGAUCUUUUGCGUUUUUUAAUGAAUGGAGAUGAGCAUGGCACAUGCAAAUGAUUACCUUGUCAUUCAUUUUGAACGCAUAUUUGUUUUACAUUGUCUGCUUGUUCAUAUAGCAUAACUCUACUUUUGACGGUUUCAGGGUGUGAGGACUAUUACAGCUUAUGCACUUGCUAUUUUACUUCUGGUAACGCUCGUCUCCCAUUCGUGGAGUGCACCGAAGGGCAGUUUCCAGAGGAGAAAUUGGUCACCUCAGGCAAUGCUGUACCUCAAGGGCACCCAGGGACGGCGGUUUAUCAGCGAGGACAGGAAAGAGGGAGACGUAUAUGACACAUUACAUUUAGAGACUCGGAGUCAAAACACAGAGAAACUCAGUGUGAACCAGGCAGCCACAGUCCUGCUCAAUUUCCUGCAGCAAGCCAAGGAGGAUGGAGAAGAAAAUCCUGAACAGCUGUACUUUCAAGACUUGCCGGCAUGGAAAAGAGAGUACUUCUGAUUCAUUUUAUAAUGUAUUUAUUAUUGUUGACAACAUCCUAAUCUAUUGCAUCUGUUGAUCUCUUGUUGUUGGAUGUAGACUAUUUAAUGCGAAGUGAGAAAAACACUGGACUCUUAAUUAAGUACGGCUACACUGAAAAUGUUUGAAUGUAUUAUUUCAAGAAAAUGUUUAAUAAAAUU